UUCUUCAACCCCAUUUAUAUUUCAGGGUCUUCUGCUUUCUAUUGCUUUUAACACUGUAAUUAAUUGUAUGUGUGAUUUUACUGAUGGUGUUCCUAAUACACAGAAGUAACAGCCAAGUAUUCUUGGUUACCUCAGAGACACACACACACACACCUCUCCAAAAUAUCAUAAUUAAAAUAAAAUUGAAAGCAAUUAGAGCUCAGCACUUCACCCUGCAAAGUAUCUCUAAUAUCUGGAUCCUACUUAAAAAGAGCUAGGAGGAGACUAAUGGUCUCCAGGUGGAACAACUACAGAUUUGUGGGGAGAUAGACACAGAACAGCAUUUCCAAGUAAUUAAAUGCUAUAAUUCUGUAUUUGCUCUAAGUAAUGGUAAGAAAGGCAUAGUACCUUCAGAGCCUUGGAAUGCUGUUUGAUCAUUAUGUCACUAUUGAUACUUAGUGAUUCCACCUAAAGGCUUUCUUCAUAAUUCCUGAUAUAGCUGCUUUGUUGGUUAAGGAGUGCUAUCCAGGUAUUAGUUUAGGGGGCAUUAAGGACAUCCAGUUCUGAACAGAUAUAUAAUAUUGCAUAAGGCAAAGUGGCAUGGACCAAAUUGAUAACGCUCGUCCAUCUCUAGCUAUUCUGGAGCAAAAUGCCCAAAUGAAUGGCUCUGUACUAGCACUACAAGACAUGAGUGUGUGUUACGCUCCGAGAGAUGAGUCUUUAUUUUAUUAGACUGGUACCUUUGUUUCUAUUUGUGUAGCCUGUGUGCUGCUAAAUGUCCAUUAGUAAGUGGCCUUGACACUGCCAUGUUUGCACAUGGGGCCUUAGCCCAGGAAAGAAAUAUUUAUCAGUUUAAAAACAUUCACAGACCAGUUUUACCACUGUUGUUACCUAAGCAUGAUUUUACGCCAGCUUGGGAAGACUGUCAGGAUAGCAAGACAGAAGACUAUCCUACAGAGACAGCCCAUCUGCCUUUCCUCGUGUAUUCUCAGUAGGACGCGGAGACCCUCAAUAAGCUAACAGAAAAAAUCACCCACUUCUCUGUGGAUUUUCUUCAGCAACAGAGAACGAUGUCUGGUUUGAGAAUGCUGUUACAAUAGGCGGCACUUCUCAAUGGACAGUGAGAACUUAUUUCCUUUAGUGGCUGAAGGUGCUUGAAACCUGGAGAUGUUUUGAUGAGGUUGCUGCUUGUAGUUCAUGAAACAAGGAUGAUCAGAAUGGGAUUCACUUGCAUGGUUAGGAGGACAAUCAAAGAAAGAAGCACUGACAAAGAGGAAAACACCUGGGAUUCAAGAAGGAUCUGGGACUCCUCACAGGACGGGGAGUAAAAAGAGGAAGGCACAAGAAAUUGCACACUUGGAGUAACAGUGCCUACAAUACUAAGAGACUGGUUGCAUCAGAAGCAGAGCUGGAAAGCCAUCUUUGCUAGCUGCUGAGAGUGAGAGAAACAGCAGAACCUUAGGAGAUCCGCAGACUGUCUGACAGAAAACAAUGUCAGUCCCAGCUCCCACCCAAGGUGCCGGAGGUUCCACAAUUCCUGGGGCAGGAGGGCCUCCUCCCCCACCCAAUGUGACCAGUAACAGAAGAUUGCAGCAGACACAAGCUCAGGUCGAUGAGGUGGUGGACAUCAUGCGAGUGAAUGUAGACAAGGUUCUAGAAAGAGACCAAAAGCUUUCAGAGCUUGACAACCGGGCAGAUGCAUUACAAGCUGGUGCCUCACAGUUUGAAACUAGUGCAGCCAAAUUGAAGAGAAAAUACUGGUGGAAAAAUUGCAAGAUGAUGAUCAUCCUUGGUGUAGUAUGUGCAGUCAUUCUUAUUGUAAUGAUAAUUUAUUUCUGCACUUGAAAAAGCAAUGAGGGGAAGGCUUGGCAUGGCUUGGUUCAUCUUUUCUGAUGUUCUCUUAUUGAACUCUGCUUUUUAAUUCCUGGUGUCUUGGGGAGUUUUGCCUGUAAUAAUCCGUAAGCAUUCAGUGUAGUGUGUUUGGUAUUAUGCUGUUUCCACAUGAAACUGUACCAGCUAAAUACUGCCAAGUAAUUCCAUGCGUUGUCUUAUCAUUGAGUCUUAAAAUGCAUCCACAAUGACCUUCAGAAACUGUAAUAUAUGAAAAGCAUCUUAAACUUUUCAGAAUCAUAAGAGAGCAGUUACGGGGAAAGUCCUUACUUUAAAAGGACACUGUCAUGUAGUUUAGGCCCAACAUUAAGAUUUGUAUUAAAUAGUAGGGCCCAAAUGGUCAAACCUGGGGGCCUAAGUUAGGCUUCAAAAUCCAUAUCUAAACACACAAAUAAACGUGGCCCGAUUCAUCUAGAGCACCUGCUGAUUCUGUUUUAGUCAAUGGAAGCUGCAGAUGUUUAACAAAUUUGAAUGUCAAAUUACAUGUAUUUAAGUGUCUAAAUAUGGACUCUAGAGCCUAAUUUUAGGCAUCCAGGUUUGAAACUAUUUGGUCUAGGUUCUGUACAACAAUAAGAAUGCUUUCAUGGAUUUAAACUUUCCAUUGGGUUGUUUCCUAUACAAACACUGUGGCAGCAUGCUAGUGUAUGAGAACCAGAUGAGAAGCAAGAAUGACACUGACAAGAAAACAAACAUCAUAAAUAACCAAAAAAACUUAAAUCAUUAAUAAGCCAAGAUGGCAGCCCUCAGAUUUAUGGUUAAUGUAUGGCACCUGAACCCCAGUUCUGCAAACACUUAUGCCCAUGUUUAACUUCAAGCACAUGAGUAAUCUGACUGAAGUCAGGGGGCUAUGCCCAUAUGCAUCAGUUUUCAGGAUUGGGGGCCUUUUCCCAUGGAAUCUCACCAAAUCAACCAUUUGAAAAUCAAUCAGUGGGAGAUUGUGGGUGAGAAUUGUGGUGGGGAGGAUCCAUUAAAGGACAUAGCUAUAAAGCUAUAAAGUUCUUUUAUAAAGUGGUCCAUGGAAUGAAAAUGUCACAGAACUGCUGAUCUGAGGCAUUGUUAUUAGUGACACAAGUAAGGCAAUCUAUACAAGUCUUAAACUGACAGCAUCCUCUUUUUAAAGGGGCUCUGUUGAGAUAUUUUUAAUACUUUUUUAAAACUCACUGUUUAUUUUCUGUUUACAAUGACCCUUGUUGAUUAUGGAAGUUUGAAACUGAAAUAGAUUUUCAUUUCAAAUUUUUUCCCAUUGUCCACACACACACACUGGCCUGUUGUUAUAGGGUUGCUCACAAGUGGUGAGCUUCUGGCUUUGUAUUAGGAUUUUUUAAGCACUGAAUAAUUUGUUUAGAAGAGGGAGGGAAUAAUAUUGGUUUUGUUUUCAAACAAAUAUAACAAAUACAGAUGUGUCAAAUUUGGGGCCUAAUGAUCCUGACAGGGUCCAUGUAGAGUGAUAACUGAUAACUUUUCCGCAGGAUUUUGAAAGGGUAAUUGUUGGAAUAAAUACCCGAAGAAGUAUUUGGUUUUUUGUUUUUAUCUUUGGCUGCCAUAGCCACAUUUUUUUAAAUGUAUUGAUACACCUGUAAAUAUUCUCAUUGUAAACCACCAUUAAAUAUGGUGUUAGAGAAAACCCAAAAUAGAUAGUUAAGCCAAUCGGUAUAUAUAGACUAAUGUGCCAUUGUAAUGGACAUAUAUACAAAUUGUACUUAAGCAGAAUUCUGAAGAGAAAAUAAUGGCUA